AUGAAGGAGAUGAUGCGUCAAUAUUUCGAGGUCGAAUCGUGUAUGGUAAAACUUAAUGUCAAACCUGUUAAGCCUGAAAGUGAGAUAAGAGCCUUAAAUAUUUUGAAGUCGACAACAAAAUUUUGUGAUGGCCGUUAUGAGUGUGGACUUUUAUGGAAAAAUGAUACUCAGUCACUGCCUGAUAGUUAUGCUCAAUCUUUAAGACGUCUUUGUAUGAUUGAGAAAAAAUUUGGUAUAGACCCACAAUUUGAAAUUAAAUAUAGAACAAAAAUGCAGCAUCUUUUUGAAAAAGGAUAUGCACGACGACUUAGUCCCACAGAGGAGAAAACUACUUUACCCAAAACGUUCUUUUUACCACACUUCGCAGUUUUUAAUCCCGUUAAGGAUAGUUUGGUAUUUGAUGCAGCGGCGAAGAUUGACGGUGUUUCUUUAAAUGAUUUUCUGUUACCAGGUCCAGACCUAAACCAACCAUUAACCAGUGUUUUGUUUAAAUUUCGAGAACACCCUAUUGCAGUUUGUGGUGACAAAGGAAAUGUUCUUGCAGGUGGCAAUUCAGAAAGAAGACCAAGAAUCCCAACCCCCAGAGCCGUAGAAGCCAUAAUUAAACAUCACUAUGUAGACGAUUAUGCAGAUUGCUUUGCGUCUGCAAAUGAAGCUCUGAAUAUGGUUAACGACGUUAUAAAAAUACACAAUGCAGCAGGGUUUGAAAUGCAUAAGUUAGUAUCCAACUCAAAAGAAAUUAACGCGUACUUUGGUAACCAUACCGUAGAUAAUAUUAACGUGACAUCUGGUAACAUUGAAAAUAUUUUGGGAAUGCAGUGGUCAGCUGUUAAGGAUGAAUUUGUUUUUGAUAUUAAAUUUAAACGAGUUUCUGCCGAUAUUAUUGAAAACAAACGCACACCUACAAAAAGAGAAGUUUUAAGACUUAUUAUGUCCGUUUUCGAUCCAUUUGGGUUUUUAAGUAAUUUUACUAUUACGGGAAAAAUAUUCAUGCAGUCGCUAUGGAGAUGUGGCUUGGAAUGGGACGAGGAAAUACCAGAGGCUUUACGUGAUCGUUGGAAAUCUUGGACUACAGGGUUGAAAAAGGUAAGGGAAUUUAGCAUUCCAAGAUGUUAUUUUUAUAAUUUGUGUGACCAAAACAUAACUUUACAUUUAUUUUGUGAUGCAAGUGAAAAAGCAAUGGCUACAGUGGCGUAUUGGAGAUACGAUACUUCCGAUGGACCCAACUUUCAUUCGUAUCUGGUAAAACCAACUGUGCACCUACUAAGUUCAUGUCUAUCCCGAGGCUGGAGUUGCAAGCGGCUUACGGUCAUAAAAUGGCUAAAGUCUGAACACCGCCGCUACAAACAGUUUGUCGCUAAUAGAGUAGCUGAAAUUUUGGAAUCAUCAGAAGAAAAGCAGUGGCGUUGGGUGCCUGGUGAAAUGAAUCCAGCUGAUGACGGCACUCGGCCGAGUUUACAGUAUGACCCUGAUAACCGAUGGAAAAAUGGUCCUGAAUUUGUAUGUCGACCCUCUGAAUUGUGGCCCUCCAAUUGUAAACCGCUAGAUGCUUCUAAUGAUGAGGAAGAACUUCGUAGCACCCAUUAUGCAUUUUCCACACGUGUCGUAAAUAUUAUAUUCGAUGUGAAACGUUUCUCAAAAUACAAAAAGUUUAUAAGACACAUUGGACGGAUUUUUCGUUAUCUAAACAAUUUAAAGUUAAAAUAUAAAAAACUAACUUUAAUGAGUGGUGACUUAACAGUUGAGGAAGAAGAUCAAGCUGAACGUUAUAUAAUUCGGUCAAUACAACAAACAGAAUUUGCCGACGAGUAUUCUUCUCUGUCAAGAAAUGAACCCAUAUCGCCAAAAAGUUCCAUAAUAACGCUCAAUCCUUAUAUCGACGAAUUUGACAUUCUUAGAUGUGGUGGAAGAAUAGACAAUGCUCCAUUUAUAUCACCCUUUACGAAAAGGCCGUACAUUCUUCCAAACGACAAUCGAGUAACACAUCUAUUAGUUCAGUGGUAUCACCAACGACAAAAACACAUCAACGAUGGCACUGUGAUAUGUGAAAUACGUCUGAAAUAUUGGAUUCCGUCUAUACGAGUUAUUUUAAAUAAAUAUAAAUGCAAACCAUGCCAACCCAUUAUGGGUCCCCUACCUAAAGAUCGUUUAAGUGCCUUUGUUCGACCAUUCUCUUAUACGGGAUUGGAUUACUUUGGUCCAGUGUUAGUUUCUGUCCGCCGUAGCCAAGAGAAGCGGUGGGUAGCGUUAUUUACGUGUUUAACAACCCGUGCCGUCCACUUAGAGGUGGCAAUGAACUUGUCGAGUGAUUCGUGCCUACUUUGUAUCAGAAAUUUUAUAAAUCGGCGGGGAGUACCUGUUUUAAUUAGAAGUGACAAUGGCACUAAUUUUGUUGGUAUCACGAAAGAGCUUGGAUGUGAAGAAAAUUUCAUCGAUCACAAAAAAAUAGACGCUGAUUUAAAACCCCUUGGCAUUAAAUGGAAGUUCAACACCCCCUCUGACCCUAGUGCUGGUGGUUGUUGGGAACGACUUGUGCAGUCCGUGAAAAAGGCCCUAUAUGCCACUUUAAAAGAACAAACUGUACGCCCAGAAACGCUAUACAGCCUAUUAGUUGAAUGUGAAAACAUAGUGAACUGUAGACCACUAACACAUUUGCCAGUCACACCAGAUGAACCAGAACCGUUGACUCCGAAUCACUUUUUAUUGGGAUGUUCCAAUCCAACGCAGACUCCGGGACCCUUUAAUCCAAAAUAUUGCUCCUUAAGAAAACAGUGGAGAAAUUUGCAAAAUUUAAAAAAUUGUUUGUGGAAACGUUGGGUGUUGGAGUAUCUUCCCGAUUUAACACGUAAAACAAAAUGGUGUCGAUCUACAAAGCCCUUAGCAACGGGAUCGUUGGUCCUUAUUUGUGAAACCGAUCAAGCCAGGUCAAAAUGGAGAAGAGGACGCAUCCACAAAUUAUUUGUUGGUAAAGAUGGGGUAGCAAGACUUGCCGAAGUAAAUACUGCCAAUGGACUGUUGCGCCGUCCCGUUUCAAAACUGGACGUAUUAGACGUGGAUAAUGUUGGUGAAUUAGACAUUAUGGGGUCCAUUCACGGGGGCGGGGAUGUUGAUGACGCCGAUAAAACGGUUUAA